CUACACUUCCUGUGUGGGGUUCAGACACCUGCCUCCCCUGCCUGCUUCUGGUGCCUUCUUCAGAAAUGAAGUAAUGAGCUGGCUCUGUCCGCCAUCUUAGUGGAGAGAGCAUUCUGAGAGGAUGCAGUGGAACGCUUUCUGGAGAGUUCUGGGCCUCGGCCUCCUAGCAAUUGGCACUUGUCAGGACGAUGCCGAGGACCUCGAAUACCAAGUGUCCAUCUCAGGAACCACGGUAGAAUUGACGUGCCCUCUAGAGAGUGAUGACACCAUAAAAUGGGAAAAAAAUGACAAAGUACUGACUGGUGAGACCGAUAAGCAAUUGGUGAUAGAGGGAUUUUCAGAAGUCGAGAACAGUGGCUACUACGUCUGCUACUCAGAUGAGAAACAGAAGAACCAGUACCUCUACCUGAAAGCCAGAGUGUGUGAGGAUUGUGUGGAGAUGGACUCGACAACAUUAGCCAUAAUCAUCAUCAUUGACGUCUGCUUUACUCUGGGCUUGCUGAUGGUCGUUUAUUACUGGAGCAAGAAUAGGAAAGCCAAGGCCAAGCCUGUGACUCGAGGAACCGGUGCUGGUGGCAGGUCCAGAGGGCAAAACAAGGAGCGGCCACCACCUGUUCCCAACCCAGACUAUGAGCCCAUCCGCAAAGGCCAGCGGGACCUGUAUUCUGGCCUGAAUCAGAGAGCAGUCUGACAGAUGUGAGGGACACUGCCUUCCAUGGACCCAGAUCCAUCCCGCUGAGUGCCUUGCUAUUCCUCAUCUCUGGACAAAUUGCAGACUCCACAGCAUUGCCUCUGGCCUCCUCUCCCACUUCCUCUGCUGGUAGCCAGUACUAGGACGAUUGCUGUCCCAGUAUCUUUGAAACAUCAUGGCUGGUCAGUUCUUCGGCCAGUCAUCUUGUCAGAAUACAUUUUUUAGCCACUCAUUCCCUGAUAGCUCCUCCCUUCUACACUGAUGUUAUCUCUGCCUUCAGUCCCCUCCUUUUCCUGCAUAUAAAUUGGCCCUCAUCCCAAGCCCUUUCCUACAGCUUUCUGUUUUUCUAACUUUGUGUUUACACCCUUCGUGGGGGAUGGGCUCAGUGAUCCCUGGCAGAGGUCCUGCCGAAUUCAUAGAUCCUGGCCUAGCCCUUGCCAUAGGACCCUCUCCAUGGUUCACCUUAGGUCCUUGGAUGGUCACCUGCAUCUCCAUGAAUAUACCAGGCUCUUCUCUGCUAAUGCAAAAGCAAUAAAGUGUAUUUGGC